AUGGCUGAUAAGAGUCAGAUGUGUCUGCUGGGACUCGUUCUCUCUGCACUUCUCACAGGUACCAGUGGAGCGCGUGAUACUCAUGUGUUCUGCAGUUCUGGUGAAAAUGUCAGUCUGCCCUGUAAUAAUGCUCUUUUUGGCUGUACAUCAACUGCAUGGAUGUAUAGCAAACAAUCAGGGACAGUUGAACUGAUUCAGAAAGGAAAAAAGAAGAAAGACAUAGAGAGAUCUGAGAGACUGAGUCUGGGCUCUGACUGCUCUCUGAACAUCACUAAAGUCACGAAAGAAGAUCAUGGAUCUUACAUCUGCCGGCAAUUUGUGACUGGAAAACAAGGAAAUGAUGAACAACAAGGAAAUGAUUCACGCGUUUAUCUGCAUUUUCUUCAUGUCACUUCAUCCUCCUCUCAGAUCAGUCCAGGCAGCUCUGUGACUCUCUCCUGUCAGUUGUAUUGUGAUCUAAUCUCUUGUGAUUCUUUGGUCCGUGAUGAAGUUCAGCUGAUCUGGGUGAAUCAGUUUGGUGUGAAUCUACAGACAGACUCCAGAUAUCAGAUCUCAUUCUCCUCAGAACACUGUAACAUCUCUCUGACUACAAAACUCCAGAAUGAAGAUCUCAACAGAGAGUGGAGAUGUGAGGUUACUCAGAGAAAUCAACCGAAGACCUCGGUCACAUAUACUGUCAAGUAUUCAGCUGCAGUCGAUUCAACAAAACCGCUCCCAGUCAAGAAUAAACCAAGACAAACUACACGACCAGCUGCAGUCGAUUCAACAAAACCGAUUCCAGUCAGCAGCUCCGAGAAGAAACCAAGACAAACUAAACCAGCAGCUCAAGAUGCAGCUGAUAGCGCGUGUAAGACGAUAUCGUUAUUCAGAGGGUCCGUUGCUCCAUACUCUAGCUAUUUUUCUCGCAUCUUUCCUGCAGUCAUUGUGAUUAUUGUUGAGAUCGCAGUGUUCGUUGCUCCUACUGUCGUUCUUCUUCAGAUCAGCUGUGUUAAAAGAGCUGGCAGGAAGAUCUCUCGCCACCCAGAGGAAAUAGAGAUGCCUACAGUAUUACAAUAACGUACUCUCAUAAUACUACUUAUUUUCAUAUUUGUAGAUAUACGCAUACAGCUUUCGGUGUUAUUUUUACAGCGCUUUUUAUUUUACAGAAUGCUUUAAAUAUUAAAUAAACCGAUACAUGUGCGAUUAUUUACGCAAAAAUGUAUUUUUAUAUUUAAAAUAAAUUAAAUUUAAGUGUUUUAUUGAUCCA